GGAUACAAAACAAGUCGGGGAACAGGUGCUUCCGUUUUCCUUGGAUACCAUUCUUCUGAAACUUUAUUUUUUUGAAAGACUUUUUAGGCCUAGGCACAGGAUGGCUGAAGUAGUACCUGAAGAAAAGAAGGAGGCACCCGAGUCGAAAGCAAGAAUCCACACAUAUCCUUUAAUCAGGCAUUCUGACAUGAAUGAUGAGAUGAAAACAGAAGCUAUGGAAUUGUGUGUAACAGCGUGUGAAAAGUUUGCCUCCAACAAUGAGAAUGCUGCCAGAAUGAUCAAAGAAACAAUGGACAAAAAGUUUGGUGCAUCCUGGCAUGCAGUGGUUGGGGAAGGCUUUGGAUUUGAAUUGACACAUGAAAUGAAGAACUUGCUGUAUAUGUUCUUUGGUGGAAAUAUGGCAAUUUGUGUUUGGAAAUGUUCAUAGAUCGAGUGUGAAAUAUGCUUGGAUUGAAGAAUUUAGUUAUAUGAUGUAUAACAACAAUUUCAUUUGAGCCAAUGGGAAAAACAUGUCAACUGUAAUUUACUGGCUUAUUUUUGUCAUGUUUAUCUUAACUUCAGCAUUUACAGAUUUUACUUUGCUUUGAGUUUAUAAAAAAAUAAUCAUUCCAGUAGAUCACAAAUGCUUAUCAUAUAAUGAAGUGUUGUUUUAAGGAAAAUGAUUGUUAGAAGAUACAAUUCUCAUUAUGUAAUUUUAAAAUGUAUUACAGAUAACUAAUUAUUUUGUUAAGUUGAUUGUCUACCUUGAUUAAAAACACUGCGAAAUGUCCGGUCCAACAAGUACAAUAUAAUGGUCAUGAUACAAAAAAAGUGUUAUAAUUCAGUCAAUGUUUUUUUCAUGCAUAAGAUAUAUGUUCAUUAAAAGAAUCCCUAUUAAACCACUGAUUUAACAAAAAGUAAAUUUAUAUUGUAAAUGCAGUACAAAUUUAAAUCAUUUUAAUUUAUAUUGCAUUAAAAAGACUGAUAUUUUUACCGACUGUGUUUUUAAUGGAAAAUAGAAAAAUGCAAGAAACAUGAAAAUAUAACGAUGAUAUUGGUUUUUGUUUUAAGGUUCGAGUCAGCAAUUUCACUCCUGUAUGCAUUUUUCUUUAACUUCAACAUCUUAGCUGAUAUAUCAUUUACACUGUUUGUGAUAUAAUGGUAUUUAACAAAUGUUUACUGCAUAAACUUUGUUUUUAUUUGCAGAAUAAAUGUCAAAUGCAA